CCGCCCUCUCUUCCGGCGGGCGGGCUUCACAGCCGAGCCCUGGCCGCGACCGCCAGUCGGCGCCGCCCGGAGCCGGGAGCGCCGCUCCAGCGAGGCGCGGGCUGUGGGGCCGUUGCGUGCCUGGCCCCGCUCGCCCGUGCCGGCCGCUCGCCCGCCAUGCCUGGCUUCGACUACAAGUUCCUGGAGAAGCCCAAGCGACGGCUGCUGUGCCCACUGUGCGGGAAGCCCAUGCGCGAGCCUGUGCAGGUUUCCACCUGCGGCCACCGUUUCUGCGAUACCUGCCUGCAGGAGUUCCUCAGUGAAGGAGUCUUCAAGUGCCCUGAGGACCAGCUUCCUCUGGACUAUGCCAAGUUCCCCCAUCCCCACCCCCAGAUCUACCCAGACCCGGAGCUGGAAGUACAAGUAUUGGGCCUGCCUAUCCGCUGCAUCCACAGUGAGGAGGGCUGCCGCUGGAGUGGGCCACUACGUCAUCUACAGGGCCACCUGAAUACCUGCAGCUUCAAUGUCAUUCCCUGCCCUAAUCGCUGCCCCAUGAAGCUGAGCCGCCGUGAUCUACCUGCACACUUGCAGCAUGACUGCCCCAAGCGGCGCCUCAAGUGCGAGUUUUGUGGCUGUGACUUCAGUGGGGAGGCCUAUGAGAGCCAUGAGGGUAUGUGCCCCCAGGAGAGUGUCUACUGUGAGAAUAAGUGUGGUGCCCGCAUGAUGCGGCGGCUGCUGGCCCAGCAUGCCACCUCUGAGUGCCCCAAGCGCACUCAGCCCUGCACCUACUGCACUAAGGAGUUCGUCUUUGACACCAUCCAGAGCCACCAGUACCAGUGCCCAAGGCUGCCUGUUGCCUGCCCCAACCAAUGUGGUGUGGGCACUGUGGCUCGGGAGGACCUGCCAGGCCAUCUGAAGGACAGCUGUAACACCGCCCUGGUGCUCUGCCCAUUCAAAGACUCCGGCUGCAAGCACAGGUGCCCUAAGCUGGCAAUGGCACGGCAUGUGGAGGAGAGUGUGAAGCCACAUCUGGCCAUGAUGUGUGCCCUGGUGAGCCGGCAACGGCAGGAGCUGCAGGAGCUUCGGCGAGAGCUGGAGGAGCUAUCAGUGGGCAGUGAUGGUGUGCUCAUCUGGAAGAUUGGCAGCUAUGGACGGCGGCUACAGGAGGCCAAGGCCAAGCCCAACCUUGAGUGCUUCAGCCCAGCCUUCUACACACAUAAGUAUGGUUACAAGCUGCAGGUGUCUGCAUUCCUCAAUGGCAAUGGCAGUGGCGAGGGCACACACCUCUCACUGUACAUUCGUGUGCUGCCUGGUGCCUUUGACAAUCUCCUUGAGUGGCCCUUUGCCCGCCGUGUCACCUUCUCCCUGCUGGAUCAGAGCGACCCUGGGCUGGCUAAACCACAGCACGUCACUGAGACCUUCCACCCCGACCCAAACUGGAAGAAUUUCCAGAAGCCAGGCACGUGGCGGGGCUCCCUGGAUGAGAGUUCUCUGGGCUUUGGUUAUCCCAAGUUCAUCUCCCACCAGGACAUUCGAAAGCGAAACUAUGUGCGGGAUGAUGCAGUCUUCAUCCGUGCUGCUGUUGAACUGCCCCGGAAGAUCCUCAGCUGAGUGCAGGCGGGGUUCGAGGGGAAAGGACAAUGGGGCAUGACCUCAGUCAGGCACUGGCUGAACUUGGAGAGGGGGCCGGACCCCCGUCAGCUGCUUCUGCUGCCUAGGUUCUGUUACCCCAUUCUCCCUCCCCCAACCACCACCCUCAGGUGCCUCCAAUUGGUGCUUCAGCCCUGGCCCCUGUGGGGAACAGGUCUUGGGGUCAUGAAGGGCUGGAAACAAGUGACCCCAGGGCCUGUCUCCCUUCUUGGGUAGGGCAGACAUGCCUUGGUGCCGGUCACACUCUACCCGGACUGAGGUGCCUGCUCAGGUGCUAUGUCCCAAGAGCCAUAAGGGGGUGGGAAUUGGGGAGGGAGAAAGGGUAGUUCAAAGAGUCUGUCUUGAGAUCUGAUUUUUUCCCCCUUUACCUAGCUGUGCCCCCUCUGGUUAUUUAUUUCCUUAGUGCCAGGAGGGCACAGCAGGGGAGCCCUGAUUUUUAAUAAAUCCGGAAUUGUAUUUAUUAA